CCCCAGCCGUUCAGAGUACCAUGAAGAAUUAUGAGGAUGUGUGACAGAGGUAUCCAGAUGUUGAUCACUACUGUAGGAGCCUUCGCAGCUUUUAGUUUAAUGACCAUUGCAGUGGGCACGGACUACUGGCUAUAUUCCAGAGGUGUGUGCAGGACUAAAUCUACAAGUGACAAUGAAACCAGCAGGAAGAAUGAAGAAGUAAUGACCCACUCCGGGUUGUGGAGGACCUGCUGCUUGGAAGGAGCUUUCCGAGGCGUGUGCAAGAAAAUCGAUCACUUCCCAGAAGAUGCAGACUAUGAACAGGAUACAGCAGAAUAUCUUCUACGAGCUGUGAGGGCCUCCAGCGUCUUUCCCAUCCUCAGCGUCACUCUGCUGUUUUUCGGGGGACUCUGCGUGGCUGCCAGCGAGUUCCACCGCAGCAGGCACAGUGUGAUCCUCAGCGCUGGCAUCUUCUUCGUCUCUGCAGGGCUAAGCAACAUCAUCGGCAUCAUAGUUUAUAUCUCAGCCAAUGCUGGAGACCCUGGGCAGAGGGACUCUAAAAAGAGCUACUCCUACGGCUGGUCCUUUUAUUUUGGAGCCUUCUCUUUCAUCAUCGCGGAAAUUGUGGGCGUGGUCGCCGUGCACAUCUAUAUCGAGAAGCAUCAGCAGUUGCGUGCCAGAUCCCAUUCAGAGCUCCUGAAGAAGUCUACAUUUGCGCGCCUGCCGCCCUACAGGUAUAGAUUCCGAAGACGGUCAAGUUCUCGCUCCACUGAACCCAGAUCUCGAGACCUUUCUCCCAUCAGCAAAGGCUUCCACACCAUCCCUUCCACCGACAUCUCCAUGUUCACCCUCUCCCGGGACCCCUCUAAGCUUACCAUGGGGACCCUUCUCAACUCUGACCGGGACCAUGCUUUUCUACAGUUCCACAACUCCACACCCAAAGAGUUCAAAGAGUCAUUGCAUAACAAUCCGGCCAACAGACGUACCACGCCUGUCUGAGCUGACCUCUGACCUCUGCCCCGCCGCCCAGCACAGCCUUGGGGGAAGUGUACACAGAUGUCUCUAAGGUUGCAUGGCAUGGUCCUCGUGAUGGUAUCACUUCUUACAAAGAACGAAACCAAAUGGACUCAGCCCCCUCCCACAGUGGUCCCUCAUCCCCCAGACCUUAACCCGUCCACUUCCCCCGACUUUUCUCGCUGGUCCCUUAAUGUUACCCCUCUCUGUGUAUCUGUGCCAAGUGUUUUCUUUUCUUCCUUCUUUCCUGGAAGGACCACGACAUUCUUCCCUCCUUGGGAAAGGACUUGACUAAAGUCGAAGGUGCAGUCAUAGCAUCGGGGGAUUUCCAAAUCCCCUAUCAGUUGUAUGCAUAGGUGUUCCCAUUGUCCACCCACACAAACUCUCUGUGAAACCCACCACACAGGUGGCUCCGAGAGAGGCAUUCACCUUUAAGUGUUAGAAAAACAUGACCAGAAAUCAGAUGUCAGUGCCCCGAAGCAGCUCAUGUAAUAAGCACUCGUGUUAUUAAAGGUUUUUGCCUUGUAACCAA